UUCAGUCUGACGUCAGAGCUGAUUCGAUUCGAUUCGAUUCGUGACUGUCAUUCACACAGUGUCACACAAAAGGUCUCGCCACUCCACAAGCCACAAAAUCCAAAGAUCCAAAGCAAUGGUAUUACCGGUAGCUACCGUAGCUAGUAGUUCCAGUCAACACAGUAGGCCUACUACUUUCUCGUUGUUGUCUUCUAUCAUCUGAUGAUAAGUUUGACUGACUUGACGAAAGUGUAUUCGGUGGAAGGAUGAAGCAACGACUGCUAUGUCUUCUCUUGGCUAUUCCACACCUGUACUUUGUCGCAAGCUUCCAACCCCAGACGUCUCCACUCAUGACAGUGGACGUGUCCCUUCCAACAAAGAAAACAGAGCCAAGAAACUUGCGAAUCCCACGCCUUCCACCAUGGACGGAGCAUUUGAUGGAGCGAUCCGUUCAGAUUCGAUCGAGCGACCAGUUUAGCAGUCGCAGCCACAAUAUGCUACCUCUACAAAUCUAUCGCGCUACCAACACGACGCAAGCCUUGUCAAGACGUAACAGCAAGAGAAGGGAUAUCCAUGAUACUGCCAACAACGACAACAAUCUGUCUAGAUCCUCUGCCACCUUGGUCCAACAGUUUGACUCGUUGUCGCCGACACAACAACGUCAAUUGCAACAAAAGAUUCAAAAGGAACACUCCGCUUCAAGUCCUCUCAAUCGCCACGAGCAUUUGCACAUUUUGUAUCGCGACGACCACAUUUGUGUUUGUGUCAAACCGGGCGGCAUUCUCAGUGUGCCUGGGCCUCGACGCAACCCCAGUUUGGCCGGAUUGGUCUGGGACGUCCUGCAGCCAUGGCAGAUCGACAGUAUGGAUCAAAUGAUUGUCCAUCGACUCGACAUGGACACCAGUGGCAUUCUCGUUUAUGCCCUCUCCAAACAAGCCCUCUCCCAGCUGCAUGACGAUUUCCGACAACGGCGGGUCCGCAAGGAAUAUCAAGCACUGCUGGUGGGACAUGUCGCUCCGGCCGAAAUGGAACUCGCCAUGGAGUUGGAACGAGAUCCACAUCAUCCACCCUUCAUGAGAAUUGCCGAACCACGCAGCAAUCAUAGUGCCAGUACCAUUCCGUUGGGAGUCCAUGCAGGAUUUCAAAAAAUGAUUGAAAAGGCCGCCAAACCAUCCUUGACGACACUUUCCGUCGUAUCCUGGGAAUACUUAUCAGACGACGACCUUCCCGUCACUCGCGUCCAACUCACACCCCACACGGGACGAACCCACCAACUGCGUGUUCAUUGUGCGGCAUUGGGGCAUGCCAUUGUGGGAGAUGACAUUUAUGGAUAUGACGGGGAAGGACUCUUUGGGGGAGGCUCUCAUAUUGCGGCCGGCAUGACCGCGUGGCAUCAGGAAUUGCAUCGCAAUGUACAGAAUCUAGCAUCCGAGAAGGGACUAUGCUUGCACGCGGCCAAGUUGUCACUCUGUCAUCCCAUCACUGGUGCACCCAUGAUCUUUCAAGCAGACGCAGUGUUUUGAAAAUACAAAACAAGGCCCACGUUCGAUAAAAUUCCAAAAUCAGAAAUCAAGCAGUCUGCGAAACAACUGGUACCAUCACAAGGCCCGCAUCCGAUAUACUUCCAAGCAGAAACAAGCAGUGCCAUGUCUUCGAAACUUCAUUCCAGACAUAGGCUCAAGCAGCCGUUCGAGCCGAGAUAACCUGUGAUUCAGCAAUUUGCUUGGAAAAUCCAAAGUUGGCCUUCAUCGAUCUGUGCACUGGAAAUUUGGCUCUCUAGAGACCACCAAGUUGUCUCUGGCAGGUCGUUUUUUGGCUGAUGAUUCAACUUUGCACCACUGCCGGAAAAGCAGCAUAAAUAAAUAUAGUCAUGAAAAUGGCAAUUGGGGUGAUUGUCUUCAGCCUAGCUAGCCAGAUUGUCAAUAGUCGUUAAUUUGAGAGAAAC